CGGCCGAAAAUAGUGACACACGGAAAGGAAGUGGCUUCCAGGUCAUUAUCAUCAUCACCAUUAUUGUAACUGCCUUGCCGCCUUCCUCGAGACACCUUUGCGGGGAGUUAGUGAGUCAGUGAGUUGAGUGGGUGGGUGGUUUUUGUGGACCAUUCGGUUCACAAUUUCCCAUCAACUUACUCGGGAAGUUACUUGGGGUUAACGUGGGGAAAGCGGGGAAUACGAGUGAAAGUGAAAUUGGCUGUCAUAAGAUUUUUUUUUUGUUUUAGUGUCGUAGGCAGGCACCAAGGGUUAGGAGUUAGAGGACUGGGUGGCUUGAAUUUUUUAAUAUCGCCACUAAGCGGAAAACUUUUUUCCGUGUUUCCUAGGCCCCUUCCUAGUUAGUUUUCUUGCCGCAGAGCCGUCGUUUUCAUUCAGUCAGGUGAGCCUGGAGGUCGUUGGAAAACCAUAACCAGAAAACCGGAGAACGUUCCGUCGUGAAAGUUGGAAAACGUGACGUGGGAAGGUGCGUGUGAGCUUGUCACAAAAUUGGACUUUAUUUUUGACAAAUAUUGACCCAACCGUCGUCGUAACGCCGGCGCCUGUCGAUUAACCUCCUCGGGGGGAUGAAAAAGGAGAAAUAACACCAUAGCGAGGUUGGUUGGGAGAAAAAAAAAAGUAAAGUAAAACGGUUAAAGGAGAAAGUUUUUUCGGUUUCGUGCGUUUCAAAUAUUCAUUAGGGGUGAAGCUUUCACGCAGUUUUGUCUCGGUUUUCGGGUUUGUGUUUUUUUUUGCUUCCAUUAGGACGGGUCCUUCAGCCCGAUGAAAGGUGGGAGCGCAAAGUGAAAAUUGAUACCACACAAGAAUAAACCACUUUGCUUGAUAUCGCGCAAACACUCACGCCUAGAUUGUAUUUUCAUUUCUCAUCCCCAACCCAGCUCAGGGACGUGAGAAUUCGGUGUCACGAUCCACAACUCUAGGUAAAGCCACAACAGAAAAUGUUAAAGACGUGAAAUGAGAACAAACACGUGCUCGUGUAAUUGGGAAAAGUGAAUUUCUUGGCUUCCCGCUUCGAAUCUCGGAAAUAAAUAAAGUAAUUACUUUGACACUCAGUGUUCUUUCGUGGGUCUGCUUCUGAUACCAGAAAAAUAAUGUAAACGACACUCGACGCCCUCGGUAAAAGUUUUUUGUCCUCCGACUCUAAUUUCCUCAAACAGAAACAUGACAAGCUCGGAAUAAUUAAAACCAUAAGAAAGAAAAAGAAACACCCAGUGAGUAAGUGAAACCGGGUCUGAAACUCUGUAUCAGGAAACAGUCAGCUGAAAUCCCAACCCACAACCCCACGGGCAGGAAAUGUCGGAUGCAUGAAACACAGAAGAAAUGGAUUCCGAUCGGGGCCAAGGGCAGCCAACAUCACCACCGACAUCAUCAAGGGGACGAAGACGAAGGCGACGAGGACAAGGUUCAACAUCAGCAGUAGUAGCGCUAAAAUGGAUGACCUCCACCUGGACGACGACAACAAACAUUGGGAUUGGGUUGGGGGGUGUUUUUUGAGGGAACCUGGGAGAAAGGGGAAGGAUCAGGGGGUCCUUGUGGGUGGUGCCCGACGGAGGAGGAUCCAAUCCUGCACCUCUCUGUUGAUUGUGGCAUUGCUGUUGAUGCUGCAAGGCCAAGUGGGACCGGUGGAGGCGCGAAUCGGAUACUUUUGGCACAUAACGGAUUUACAUUUCGACUCCCUCUACACGACCAAAGGAGACAUCCUCAGAAGCUGCUGGUACAACGAACACCACUCGACGAGCAACACCAAACGGCCGGGACCCUUCGGCGAUUACCUGUGCGACAGUCCAUGGAGUCUGCUCGAAUCGGCCACCCAAGCAAUGAAAUCCAAACAAGGCGAUAACGUCGAGUUCGUCCUGUGGACCGGUGACGGGUUGUCGCAUUCGGCCAAACGGCUGCACGAAACCAGUCGGCUGGAGUUGUUGCGCAACAUAACGGAGCUGAUGAGCCGGACGUUUCCGUCCCAGUUUGUGUUUCCGGUGCUCGGCCACGACGAUGGCAGCUCCAACUACGUUCAGCUGGGCGAGAUGUGGCGCCACUGGUUGCCCACCGAGGCGCUCCAGACGUUCGAGAAAGGUGGCUACUACACAAUCGAGCAGACCAAGAGCCGUCUGCGGAUAAUAGCUUUAAAUACGAACUUCAUGCGGCACGAUCCAAAAUAUCCGCAGUCGCAUUCGUCGGCGGUCAAGCAGCGACCGGAUGGAUCGAUCCACUACACCGGGGGCAUGGGCGGAAGUGGCGGCCAUUUUGACCGGGAUGCGGCACAUCGCCACUACCAUCGGGGGGAUUACAGUAUAGGGGGAAGUUCCGUGCCCGGAUAUCCAGUGUACAGUGACAGGAGGAACGUUGGUGGUUAUGGAGGGGGAAGUGGUAGCAGUAGUAGUGGGAUCGUAGACGGUAGUUUUAGUAGUGGAGGAAGUGGUGUAGUCGGAAGUGUAGUCGGUGGUGGCCACGUCAGUGCAUUAUCGGGAUCAAGCAGCCACGAGUCGGAGAAGCAGUGGGAAUGGCUCGAGGAUGUGCUAGCGAAAUCUAGUAGAAAUAAAGAAACUGUAUAUAUAGUAGGACACAUACCACCGGGGUCGGACGAGCGCCAUUAUGGGCAUCCGAUGCCGUACGGCCACACGAGCUUCACCGAAAAGAACAACGCCCGGUAUCUGCGGCUGGUCAAGAAGUACUCGUCCAUCAUCCAGGGCCAGUUCUUCGGCCAUCUGCAUUCCGACUCGUUCCGGGUUGUGUACAGUGAUAACGGUAAACCCGUUUCGUGGAUGAUGAUUGCCCCUUCGAUAACACCUCGAAGAAUGAGUGACUCGAACAACCCGGCCAUGAGGUUAUACAAAUUUGAUACCGAUACUGGACAGGUCCUAGACUACACCCAGUACUAUCUGGAUCUGGAGCAGGCUAACCUGCAGGGGGAGGCCAUUUGGCAGCCCGAGUACAACCUAACGACGCACUAUUACGGCCUCGGGGAAGUGUCGGCCAUGGCGUUGCACAAUCUGGCUGAUCGGUUUACCAACGGCGAGGACACCCAGUUUGCAAAAUACUACCGGGCCAAUUCGGUUCGUCACUCGACGCAGACCUGUGAGGGUGCCUGUUUGCUCAAUCACUACUGUGCCAUAACGCGGCUGGAUUACCGGGAAUUCCGCAGCUGUCUGGAGACGGCGGCCAAAGCGAUGGCCUCCAAGAAUGGCGGCGGCAGUUCGGGAAUGGUGAUGGGCCGCUUAAUCCCUCUGAUGGCUCUGCUGGUGCUGGCGGCCAUGUUUGGGUCCCUCGGCAACUGGGUUCGAUGGUUGUGCCUCGUGCUCGGCAGUGUUGCCAGCAGCUGGUGGUGGACCUCCCGGCGUGGGUCGGCCGAUCCGACUGGUCUUGUUCUGCAGCAGCAGCAGCAUCGGCCACUCUCUGGAGCCACCAUGUGAGCUGAAAUUCUGGAUGUGCUACUCCGCUAAAGUGUAUGCUAAUGUGUAAAAAUGCGUAUGUCUGUGUCGCUGCGGGUAUCAAACGAUGACGUGAAAUGCUUUUUCAUGCGAUUUCAGAUUUUUUAAUGGAGUGUACCAUUAAUUUCGAACGAAAACUUUUAAAACAAAUAAAAGAAUCCACUUGCAUUUCCACCUUCGAUAUUCCGCAUUUUUCAGAAAAUUUGGCACCUUUGUUCUUCAUAAAAAAAUAAAUCCAAACUUUAAUUGGUUUUUAUUUUGUCGCCGGAAACCUUCAGCUGUCCAAAGUUCCAUCUGUAAACAUAAAUCGUCGAAAGAAGCUGCCUGACAUAUGUAGGUACCGGACUCAGUUAUCCCAGAACACCCACUUAAAAACAUACUCACAAACAUCCAUUCAAGCCCACCUCCAUAUAUCAUCGCAAACUCCCCCCGAGGAAAUGCUCCGGACAAUGGAAAAGCAAACAAAUUUAUGCGAGCAAAUUAUUUUUUCCCACCCCGAAGCGAUAACAUCCCAUGGAAUCGAGCAAAAAAAAUUUUGCACCCACAGUUUUUCACACAAACGAACUUCGGAAGGAAGCAGUCGAGAGAAAAAUACAAAAAUCCGAAAUCAAAAUUCCCAAACAACACAAACCUUUUUUUUCUCUUAGGGGCUCCCCACACGACGGCGUUUCCUUUUUGGUGGAGUUGGAGCUGCAAAUGGAAGUCGGAAGGGACGACAAAAAUCUGACAGGGUAGGAUUACCAUUGUUUUCGGGGGGCUUUGCAUUCGCUGCUGCUGCCAUCGUUUGUUUUUUGCUCUUAUUUUGAGUUUAUUUUUUUCCAAAUUUAAUCUUUCACGAACGACCUAUUAGCGGAAUGGGAUUUCUGCCUUUUCACGCACCCCGAACGCCGAAAACAUGCGAUCGGAUUCGGAAUACAUACAUUUUCUGCCAAUUUCAUAUUCGGUGGGUCGCCCCAUUUGGCUCCAAUGUUAAGUGCUUGAUGCUGGUUGCUUUUUUGCACGGAAUUCGUCAAAGCUCCAAAUGGAUUCGUGGGAAAAAGGUUAGAUUACUUCCGAGGUUAAGUGGUAGUGAGUAGGUUUUCUAGGAUUUCAUUAAACUGAGAUGAUUUUGGAACCGUUAUCGGUAGGCAAAGGCCCUUUUGCAUUGGAAAUUAUUUAGCACCAUCCUAUCCUGAUGGAUGGCAUUUAAUUUCAAGCCAUGAAGUAAAAUUUUUUUUUAACAAUAUAAAAAUAAGUUCAAAAAGUCCUGUUCUUAUUGAUUUUUUAUUCCUGUGGCCGGAAAAACUGUGAAAACCAUGCCUGACACUUAAAGAGAAACCAUUCUUCAUUUUCAUUUGUUAUAAGUAGUAUUUUCAAGGAUGGAAUAUGAAAAGUUUGCGAAUUUGAAUGCAGAAGACUCUUGAAUUUCAAAAUUGUUCUUGUUGAUAGCAGAUGGAACUGAAAACAUCAUAAAUCUGAGAUUUAAAAAAAAAGUUAAAUUUUAAGAAAAAUUCUUUUAAAAAAGAAUUUAUUAAGCAGCAAAGCGCAUUUUCACAUAACAAAUGAUCUCUAAAUGCUUCAUCUCUAAUUUCCUUAUUGUUAUUAAUAAAAAUUAUACUAAAAUUCGCCAAGUUCAUUGUUUAAUAUCUUUCGGGAAUUAUAAGUUGAAACACGAGAUGGUUGUCUGGAAACACCAUUUGCACAGGCAUUUUUCCAAAAAUGAACUUCAAAAAAUUUUCCGAAUGGAUAUUCGAAAAUUUCAUAAUUAAUUUUUUAAAUAUAAUCAAAGCAAAAGGAAAGCUCUCCUCAAAACCUUAUGAAAAUAUAUGAAACCUGAAAUAUGCUAAAAAUGUUACGCUUGAAAACGGUUUCUGCACAAUAACAAGGAUAAAAAAAACUAAUGUGUCAGUUUUUCAAUAGUAAAUCAAAAGUAAGGGCUGAUAUUCUACGCAAAAGUGUCACAAGGAGCGUUUUUGACAAUUACUUUCUGCAGAAAGGAAAAAAUCAGAAAGUAAUUAAACAUUCGACCGAAAAUUGAUCAACUUCAAGUAAGAGCAUUAAUGAAAGGUGCGUAAAAGUCAUAAAUUUAACGAGCCUUCUAGAAACAAAAUUUUAAUCGCAUUAUUCUCGCUUAAAACAAUAUUGAAACAAUCUUGUUUGGAAGAGCAGAAA